UUUUUUAUAUAUUAAAUGUCCCACAGAAAGUUUGAGGCACCCAGACAUGGAAAUCUUGGAUUUACACCAAGAAAGAGAACAAAGCAUCACAGAGGAAGAAUCCGAGACUUCUCCCUUUAAAAGACAACAAAUCAUCUCCAGUUCACUUGA